AUGGUUCAUACCGAUUGGGAUCGUGUAUUAUCUGUGAAUGCAUCUUCCUUGACGGAUGAGGAAAUCGAAGAUCUUUUUCCUAUGAUAGUCCGCUGUGACGUAGAUGAAAUUUCUGAUAUACAUGGUUUGCGAACUCUGAUGAGAAUAUCGCAAGAAAUGUUGUCUUAUAAAGAUAAUCAAGUGGAGGCCUUACUUCUCGAAUGUGGUGAAUUGAAAGAGACAAUAGUUUCUUUACGUCCAGAGUCUGCUAAACGGAAAAUAAAAGCUCAUGAUACGUCUACAAUAAAACAAGAAAGUAAUGGUUUUACUAAAGAUGCAGAUUUACAGAAACAUACUUAUAAUUUGGAUACACAAGAGAAGAAUGAAAAAGUAAUGAUACUCGUGGAUGAAUUAGAAACCGUGGACAAGGAGAAUAAGAAUCUGAAAAGACAGUUAACAAUAUUGCAAGAGGAAAUGAUGGAUGCAACAGGAAAAAUAAAUGAAACGGUAGAGGAACUUUAUUCGACUCAAAUGAAAACUGUUGAAUAUAAAGACAAGACACUGAGAUUGGAACAAGAGAAUGCGGCUUUGGUCACUCAAAUUGAAGAGAUAACCACGCAACAAAUAGACCGAGAUAGAAUGUUGGAUGAAUUUGGGAUUGCUAUUGACGCCAGAAUAUUUGAAUGGAAGGGUAUACUAGAUAAGAAAGAUAUGGAAAUUGAACGUUUAAAAGAAAGCCUGUCGCAGUUUUUGGUACAAUCUUUUACAUCGAUUAAAGAAGAAAAUAAAUCGCAGAUUAACUAUUUGAAUGACGAAAUAACUCGACGGGACACAAUUAUAACUGAACUACAAUCUAAACUCUCUGAAGCAGUCUCCGAAAUAAACACGAGUGCUGCAUUUAUAGAAAAAUUAAAGGGAGAAAUACGGGAGUCUGUAAAAAGUGACAAAGGAAAAGGAGAGGCAAGUUUGUUGAAGAAGUUGCAAGAUGCAAAUGACAAAUUAUGUCGUAUGGAAAUUACAUUAUCUCAAGCACAGAAUGAUGCGAAAUCACAGAGUAGUAAACUGUGCAAUGUAUUAUCUACAUUAAAAAAAUAUGAAGAUGGAAAUGAAGCUUUAGCAAGAGCGUUAAAUGACAUUGAAGAUCUAAAACUUGAAAUGGAUAAUAAGAAUGAACAUGUCGAAGAUUUAGUUAAUGUCAUUAAUAAAUUGGAGAUGCUGAAUUCGUAUCAAGAAAUGGAAAUCUUAACCUUGAGAGAAAAAUUAGGGAUUCCAGAAGAUGAAUCAAUAUCUAUCAAGAAUAUUGUAGCAAAACGCAAAGAAAAAUCAAGAAAAAUGGAAGAAUUUAUUCAGCUAAAUAAAAGUCUUGUAGAGGAAAAUUUCGAAUUAAAAGCAGAUGUAAGAAUACUAAAAUAUAAAUUAAGCAAAUUUGAGGAAAAAUUAGAUAUUUCAGAUAAUUUCGACGAUUGCAACAAUGAAUUUUUACAUUCUACUAAAUUAAUGGAAUCUGAAAUUGUGCCUUUGCAAACCGAUGUAUCAAAACUUAACCAAAAUAUUCGAAUACUCGUAGAGGAAAAUGAAGCACUCAGAACAGGCAUGCAUGAAAUUAUGGACAGUAUACGCAGUCAAGAUGGUAAGAGUGAAGUGGAAAUACAAUCCGAUACAUUGGAACGAUUGUUGGAAGCUUUAGAUGUUAGGCAUUUAGCUGGUUGGUAUCAUCCAGCUAUGAGAUUACAAGAACAUCUUAAUGUUGUACAAGGUAGCAAUGCUGAAUUAAGAUCACAGAUUAAGAUACUCAGAAAAGAAUUGCAGAAAAAGGAUAAUCUAUUACAAGAUCUAGCAAUAAAUAAAAAUAAGAUAAUAGAUGUUGAAACAUUGUACAAGAAACGUAGUGAGGAAGACGAAAUAAUCACGAUGCAUCUUGCAGAAAGAAAAGUUUUAGAAGAUGCGUAUAAAAAUGAGGCAGAAGAGUGGGAAAAGCAUAAAGACCUUUUGAUUCAAGAAAAUAACGAAUUGAAAGAUGAAGUGGAUGAUGUUAAAAAGCAAUUGGAGAUUUAUCAGGAAAAUUGGCAGAUUAUACAGGAUGGAGAUGAUGAAAUUGAAAAAGCACUUGCAUUAAAAACGAGAGAAUAUGCUGAUGCGGCUAACAAAAUAAUUGUUACACGUAGAAAAAAUACUAGUCUGCAACAGUUGCUGAACAAGGAGACUGGUAGGUUGUACGAGUGUCAAAAAGACAUAAUUAAGAAAGAGAGCGAUUUUAAUAGAGCCCUUAUUGAAGCGAAGAAACAUAAUAAAAUAUUGCUGUCAGAAAUUUCACUUUUACGAAGUAAUUUACACAACUCGGUGAGUGUGGCAAUACACAACGAAUUGAAAGAGAAAUAUGAACAACUAAAUAUACGUCAUCGCGCUUUAUUAGAGGUUGCAAUGGUACUUCCUGAUUAUGAGCAAGUGUCAUUGCUAAAAGCUGAAAUGGAAGCAAUACGACGAGAGAAAUAUCAAUUGGUGGAAAAUUUGCAAAAAACCGAUGAUUGCGAUACGGAGAACAGUGAUAAUUUGCGAUUAAAAUUAAAAGAAGUAGAAGCCAUGAAAUUGAUUGAAAGUCAACGAGCCGAUCAGAUGAGCAGAUUACAUGGAAUAUUAGAAACGCAGUUGGCGAAGCGCGAGGAUAAUGUUAAACGAUUUUCUGCUUUAAAUUCUGAACAGCAAGAGAAAUUAAUUGAACUGCAUAAAACAUUAUUUGGAAAAAUUACGCAAUGGGAUAUUGUACAAGCAGAUGAUAACCGUGUACGAGAACUACAAAAUGAGAAGAUGCAACUUAUUACAGAGAAUGAAAGUUUGACACAAAUGCUAGAAAUUGCUCAAGAAGAAGCUCGUUCGCAAUAUUCGCUAAAUUCAUUACAAAUGCUGGAAUUGGACAAUCUUCGGCAUCAAAUAUUAGAUUUGCAAGCUGUAAGCGAAGAUAAGACCACCAUUUCCAGACUUGAUUUCGAACUUGCGAGUAAAAAAGUAUCAGAAAUGGAACUAACUGGACAAAAAACGCGAUUGCAGAACGAACUGUCUUUCACGCGACAGGAGCUUGAUGAUUCAAGAAGAAAAUAUGAGGAAAUGCGCAGUUACGUACAAGAGUAUAGGAAACAAUGUGACAAUCGUUGCAAGUAUUAUAUGGAUGUCAUCUAUUUUUUGCAAUGCCAAUAUGCAGGAUCAACCUCCAUAAGUGCUUUGGAAAAUGUAAUUGCGCUCGCUACGAAGUUGAAAAUAGAUGGCCAGAAUCUUGAUGCACAAGUGGAAAAAACAAAGAAGUCUCAGGAAGAUAUGAAAUCCGAACAGCAACUCUUAUCUGUACGCCUUGAAAUUGUCGAACGUCUAAAAGAUAUGUUGGAACAACAGAUUGGUGCUGGCAACGUGCAAAAUAUAAUGGAACAUUUUGCAGAAACUUCGCAGCAGACUCUAAAUGAUUUCAAAUACAAACGGAGAAUAUCUUACUUGGAACAUGAACUGCAAAUUGCUAGUAGAAAAUUCAAUGAUUACGAAUCAACAAUAACCAGCAUGGAACAGGAUAUGUUAAAUAUUCAGAGAGCUUGGCAUCAACCUCAAAGUAAUAUAUCAAGAAAUUUGGAAAGCAAAUCUGUUCAAGCAGCGACUGAGAUGCAAGAAGUCAGUGUUCAAACGGAUUCUUAUGAUUGUUGCUUGAAUAAAAAACUAAAAGACACAAUUAGAGAAAGUGAAGAAGUUUCCAAGGAUGGAAAAUCUGGUGAAUUAGGUGAAAUGGUAGAAAAAACAUUCCGAGAAGCAGGAAAUAAUACAGAAAAGAGUAGCAGCAAUUCGAUGAUUUAUAACGAGCAAUUAGAUGAAGCAUUGAAAUUGGCGUCGGAACGCUCCGCGAUACUUGUGAAAUAUGAGGCGCAAUUAAUGGAGUAUAAAGUAAAACUGGAUACUUUGAAUAAAGCAACCGAAGAAAAAGAUUCGCGGUAUGAAGCAAAAAUAGAAGCGCUGAAUAAAAUGAUGGAGGAAAAGAACUCGCACCUUACUGAAAAACAAAAUGUGUUUGACGAAUUAAUAAGUCAGUUUUGCGUUACAAAUACCGAUUGUACUGACAAGUUAGCUUUGAAAUCGACAAUAAAUAGUUUACAGAAAUUAAUUAGUCAAAAAGAGGGGACUAUCUUGAGAUAUCAAAAUCUGUUGAAGGAAGAUAGAGAGGAGCACAGUCGGAUAACGAGUCACCUUCAAGAUGAGAUCAAGAGUUUGCAUGAUCGCAUUUUAGCUAUGCAAGGUGAAAUAAGAAAAGAAAAUGAAGGACAAGUCGUAAUCAUGAAAAAUAAUUUUGAAAAGGCAUCAGCCUUCAACGUCGACGAGAGUACGUCAAGGGCACCGAUAAGCAAUGCCGCGCAAGAAGACAUCGCGAGACUACGUGAGAAGGUGUCUACGCUCGAAGCAGAAUUAAAUACCAGCAGGGAACUGAGUGGACGUUGGCAACGAUUAGCAGAAGAAAGAUUAAAGCAUAUAGAUCAUACGAGAGAAAGACUAGGACAGCAACAUAAAAAUGAACUCGACAGUUAUCGCGAUGAAUUAAAUAAAUGGCAAUCCGAGGCUGAUGUGCUCAGACAACAACUGUCUGACAAUCGUGUGUUACUUGCAAAAGGAAAUAUUUCUCUAAUGAAGGAGUUGCAAGAAAAAGAUGAUAAAAUACAGGAAUUAAAUCUUGCUUGUCAACAAUUGCAGAAUGGAAUUGAAUUAAUGAAAUCUGUAGAUCGAACUGAUACUAGCCCAAACGAAAUAGCACAAUGUAGUUAUCUUCAUCAAACGCAACAACACGGUCAAGUAGAUCUUUUACGUCGGCAACUUCAAUCUUUAAUGCAAAAAGAGAAAAUGUAUAAAUAUGAAAUAACUGACUUGAAGCAACGACUUAGUCGCAGAUACAUGGCGACAAAAACUCAGGAGAGAAAAACGUUGCAACGUGAAGGACAACUAGAGCGUAAAGUGAUAUCUUUAGAAGAAGAAUUGCAUAAAACGAAGAUUCAAUUGGAUGAAAAAUAUUUAGCGCAGGAAGCUAAAAAGGCUAAGACUGCGGAAGAACUUUCAUUGUGGGAGAAACAAAAAAAGUGGCAACAGACAGCAGAAAAAUUGAAGGAAAACCUGAAAGAAAAAACUAAUGAAUAUGAAAAAUUACGUAGGAGCUAUGAGAAGCUUCGAUCUGUCGUUUCAUGUAUAGAACGGGAAAAAUGGUACUUGAGAAGCAAACUCAAACUUGAAAACGAUACUGUAUUCAUAGGAAAUUUAUCAUCAAGACCUAUUUCAAACGAUCAUAGGCAUAAUGCAAUGGAAGAACUCGAGAAAGAAUGCCGGAUACUGAGAGAACGCGUUAAAGAACUGACUGAUCGCUUAGAAAAAGAAAGUAACGAACAUUUGAUGUUAGAAAUAGCCGAAUUAAAACGACAUAAUACGAUUUUGGAGACAGUUUCUCAGGAUAAUACAAGCAUAAUUAAUCAGCUUGAGAAAUUGGAAAUGACCAAAGAUGCUCUCGAAAAAACGAAUCUCAAGUUAGAAAGUGAGAACUUUGAGUUACGACUCGAGUUGGAGAAACUAAAUUCCGAUACUCCAGGAUUGCGAGAAAAAGUUGAACAUAUGGAGAAGUAUAUUAAAUUAUUAAAGGCUGAAACAUCUUCAAAUUCUACUCCCAGAACGUCAGAUAAGGAAUUGAACAUGAAAAAAUCGACUUUUGAGAUGGAGAAAACAAUAUUCACUUUGAAACGAAUUAUCGAAAAACUUCAAGCAGAAAAUAAAAGGCUGAAAUUUAAUUCUAAGAGGAAUCACUUUAUAAUCAAUCAAGGAAAAGCAAAUAUCGUCGAAGAAGACAUUUCGCUUCAAAGACAAUACGAGGAGUCUCAGAAACGCGUGAUAAGUUUAGAAUCGGACUUAUGUCUAGCUGAACACAGAUUAGCCAUGUUACAGAAAGCGGAGAAAGAAGAUGACAAUGGGGACUUGCAAGUUUUGAAGCAACAGUUAAUUCAUAAAUCCAAACUUUUAGAAAAAGUAAAACAGUUGUUGACACGAGCAGUUACCAAUGAAAAAGCAUUGCGGCAACGCGUACAACAAUUGGAGUUGAAGCAAACCAUGUCAACGAUUCCGGAAUGUUACGUGACACCACCUACACCAGAAUAAUACUCUUGGGGAUAUUUACGAAUUUGUAAUUAAAAAUAUAUUUGUCGACUUUUGUCGAGAUAAACAUA